CGGCGGCCGGCAAAGGUGUGUGGGCGCGCGAGCAAGUCACAGAGUAGCGGAUAGGGUUAGGUGUGGAGAGGAGAGGCGAGUGCUGAGGGCUAGUCAGGCAGGGAGAGAGUGCGAUGGAGGGCCCUCGGCUGACCGCGCUGCUGCUGCUGCUGACGCUGGCUCUGGCCGCUGACACAGCCAGCGCCAAGGGCGAGAAGUCGCUCGAGUACAAGAUACGCGACGACCCGGACCUCUCACAGUUCUACUCGUGGCUGGAGCACAACGAGGUGGCCAACAGCACGCUGCAGCUGCGCCAGGUCACCGUGUUCGCGCCCACCAACCUCGCCUUCCAGAACUACAAGGCGCGCGACGGCGACGAGAACAUCAUCCUCUACCACAUGACGAACCUGGCGCACUCGCUGGACCAGCUGGGCCACAAGGUGCUGUCCGAGCUGGACGGCAACCCGCCGCUGUGGAUCACCCGCCGGCGCGACACCAUCUUCGUGAACAACGCGCGCGUCCUCAGCGAGCGCUCCAACUACGAGGCGGUGAACGGGCACGGCAAGAAGCAGGUGCUGCACGUCGUCGACUCGGUUCUCGAGCCCGUCUGGUCCACGUCCGGCCAGCUCUACAACCCGGACGCCUUCCAGUUCCUCAACCAGUCCGAGAACCUAGACCUGGGCCUGCACCGCGUCCGAUCAUUCAGGCAACGAGUCUUCCAGAAUCAGAAGCAAAACGAUUUCAAGCUGGAGGGCAAGCACACUUUCUUCAUUCCCGUGGAUGAGGGUUUCAAGCCACCUCCUCGGCCUGAAAAAAUUGACCAGAAGGUGAUCGAUGGUCACAUUAUUCCCAACCACGUGCUGUUCACGAGUGCUACUCCACUCGACGAAGAGUACGAGACGUUGGCGUUCACCGACAUGCUGCGUGUCGUCAUCUCCUUCACCAUGGAGUCCGACGGCAAGGCCCACAAGCCGUACGUUAAAAGUAACACAGUUAUCGGCGACGCGAACCACGCGACCGGUGCCGUCCUCGCUGAAAUCGUGAAGGCGAACAUCCCCGUCAAGAACGGCGUGGUGCACCUUAUCCAGCGCCCACUCAUGGUUGUAGACAAUACGGUGAAGCAGUUUCUGGAGGAAAAGGAGGACGGCCCCCUGUACAAGUUCUACCAGGUGAUACUAGACGCGGGCGGCGACUUCAUCAACCAGAUCACCGAGAUGAAGGACCUGACUCUGUUCGCGCCAUCUAACGCCGCCUGGUCGGAGACCACGGCCAAUAACCUGCUCACCGACCGCAAGAAGUUCCGGGAGAUCCUGAACCUGCACAUCGUGGCCGAGAAGCUCAGCAUAGAGAGCAUCGUGGAGCAGAAUGUCAAACAGAAGGAUUGUUUCGUGCAGGUUCCGACGAUGGCCGACCGUAAGAACCUGUACUUCAACGUCGUGCUCGGCCCGACGGGGAACAAGACGGUCACCGUCGAGGGCGGCGGCGUCAACGCCACCGUCGUUCAGCCCAACAUAGCCGCCACCAACGGUAUGGUGCACAUCAUCAACAAGAUACUGGGUGUCCCGUACACGACGGUCAAGGAGAAGCUCCGGACGGACCCGAUGCUGAAUAAGACGUACCACCUCGGUGAGAUGUCAGACUUCAACAAGAUGUUGGACGAGAAGCACACCAAGUUCACAUAUUUUGUCCCCCGAGAUUUGGCUUGGAAAAAGUUGGAGGUCCGCGACCCGUCAGCGCACCGCAAACUCUUCAUGAAGGAAUUUACCUACCAGGUGAAACAGAUCCUGGAGAGACACCUCGUCAUCUCAGACCGGGUGUACACGAUGGGUGCGCUCAAGAAGCUCGCCUCCAACGCUUCGUCGGUGCUGCCCACCAUGAGGGACCACCUCAGGCUGAGGGUUAGGGAGACCGAAAAGAGUUACUACGUGGAGUGGCAGGGCGAGUGGAUCCACAUCUUCCGGCCAGACGUGGAGUGCACGAACGGCAUCAUACACGUAAUGGAUUACGUCUUCAUGAAAGAGGGCGACAUCGUCGUGGGCGGCCCGGACGGAGCCGGCCGGCAGGUCGCGUCCUUCGCGGUCGUCGCGUCCGCUCACCUCCUCGUGCUCGCCACCGUCCGGUGGUUGCUGCACUAGUGGGCACUCGGCGAGAGGCCGGGUAGUGCCAACUGGGAUCUCCUCAUUCCAGAGUAGAGACGCCGCCCGUUUCUGGCUCCGUGCCAGACGCAGACUGCCCGAGAACAGCGAAGUGAACAGUGUGACCGUGUCGGUGCGACGGGACGGGACCGCCGCCACAGAGACGGGCGGACGCAGUCGUCUGCGCGUGCCGAACUGACAGACUGCGUUCCGGCUUCUCGGGCACACUGUGGACUAUUACGUGUCACUCGUGUAGACUGUAUUGUGUUCUCCUUAGAAUUUCUGUCUACUGUUAGCCUGUCGUGUUGUGACUGUGAGACGAUCCCACGUGACACACCGACAGAAGUUCACUCUCAGUUCCGGUCUGCUGCUCUCUCGAGUAGAGGACCCGUCGUCUCUUAACGCGACCUCAAAUUUUUGUCAUUCCUUUAAUCUCCUUGUUAGGUAAUCCUCAAUAUUUUAUAGGCAUAACAGAUUUUCCAAUUCUGAAUUCCAUUCCACAUUCCUUACUAGAUAUAUUCAGUCAUACAAACAAUCCGUUUGGGGAUGUAACCUAAUCUAUUUAUGGAGUUAUUUUCUUUUUUUAAUCUGUGUGUUCAAAAAGUGAAAUAAUGGUAUCUUAUGCUGAAGUAGGCUCUGUUGCAGUGUACAUCUAGUCCAUUAAGAGACUUCAGUGUAAGGUCAGCUGAAACGCCAUUUAUUUGAAGUCGGGUCCGACACGUAGCGCGUAAAAUCUACCACUGGAUUCCUAAAAUCAGUAAAGGAAACCUAUACGUAUAUGCAAUCUUUGAAUUGAGUGAAAACAUGUGGCUUUGUUUUAAAGUUAUGAACUAAUUUUGUGUGCAUUUCCUAAAAAGAACUGACAAAGAGUCAUCUGAAUUGAUUUGUAGGUGUAAGUGUUCAGAGUAUGCUUUAGAUUUUAUUUCAAAGAUAAAGUCUAUUGUCUCAGAGGUUAUUUAUCAUUGUAGGCUAAGAAAACAGUGCUAUGUAGACAGGAAUAAAGUGAUAUUGUCAAAGCUGUGAGUAAGAUUACUAUAGCUGCCUCUUUGUAAUGCUAAAGAUGAUAAUCAGAUGGGAAUUACUUUUUCAUAUCUCAAAAGUACAAGGGUUAGUGCUGCAGAAUUAAAUGUAAUGCAAAGAAUAUUUUAGGCAAUAACUGUAACAUAUUUGUGCAGGAUACACCUUGCUCAAAAUAUCGAAUUCUGAGAGAUUCACACGUUAACACAUUUUAAUAACAGAAAAAGAAUCUUUUUUGUUAGUAUUGUGAUAGCCAAUAUUUGUGCAUCUCGUAAAUCUGGAUUUUGUUCUAGAGACAAUAAGAAGAAAAUAAAUACACCCUCAACUUAGCACACACUCCACGUACGGCACUAACCCACACCGUUUCCCUAUCGCGAUAGAUUUAGUAAACACGUGCAGGGUAUUGCGUCAAAUUCUGACCCGUAGGAAGAGCGUCCUGCCAGAACGUAGCCAGGCAGCUUCUGGUGACCAGAGUAGCAGAUGUUUUCCGUAGAAAGCUUCAGACUUGGGCCUGGUUUUGCUGUAGAACGUGCACAUAUCAUAGUGGCAGGAUGCCCUAAAAUGUUUUUAAACUCAUUUUCUUAUCCUCCCGGAGACCAAUAACAAUACAGGAGGAUACCGGGAAGAGAGGUUUCCUCGAGCCGCGUCACGAGAGCUCGUGGCAACGAUUUGCCCCGUCUGCAAUUCUGUACUGGCAGGAAACUCCUUUCUCGUCAGACGUCGAGCUCGGGCAUCCUUUUCUUUCGAGGUGCCGAUUAGCUAGCGAUUACUUACUUUAAACUGCACACGGCCAAGUUUCCUCGAGUAGUCAAAGAAAUUUUCACCUACCAGAAAACUGAUCUGCCAAAAUAUGUGUUAAGUCUGUAUCCCUGACAGAUUGUAAAUCUUUUAAAAAUGCAUAGUGAAAGGUUUAGAAAGAAGAAAUAAUUUUUGAGAACAAAGUACUCUCACUCUAAUAUACUUUAUUUUAAGGGAGUGAAUUGCAGUUGUUAAAUAUACAGUUUUAUCUUUCACGAUUACAACAGAUACGGGUGAAUAACUGUAUCAUUUAAAAGGAUUACAUCUCAACACUGGAGCCACAUUAAUAUAUUUUGAACUAAUGCGUAUAUGUACAUUUGUAAAUGCAUACUGUGUCCCAAAGUUUAAUUUGCUCGGUGUUUACGGCGCUACUGCUGCCGCGUAGAAUGUCGGUGUGUCAGCACGUCAGUCUCCGAGCCUGUCGUGCGCUCUAAUGCUCUGUGUCGUGGGUAGUAAGGUGCGAGAGACUGCUGCCGUGUGUCGUGACUACUUGCGAGCGAGCAAAUGGCAACCUGUCUCAGUCUCCUUCCGACUGUUUCUUUGAGAAGAAUUUCUGAGGCACACUCGUGGUAUAGAACGUAAAGAUUCUCUAACUCUGUUUGUCAAACAGUUCACUUAUUAAAACUCAGAUUUUAAAUAAUGCCGUAAGCAAGAUUGUACUCGACAUGUACGAGAGAAACUAUUUAGACAAAUGCGAGUAAAUAAGCUGCGUUCAAAAAUAAAAAGGUUCAAUUAAUUUUUAGUAAUACCGCUCCUGUACACAUUAUCAUUACAAUUUAAAUAUAAGCCCGAGAUAAAUGUGUCGGCAAUAAGAAUGGCAGUUAAUGAACAGAGCUAUUAGAACCGGACUGCCAUCACAAUCCAAACUAAUUAUAGCCGAGCAACGUGGCUCCAGGUGUUAACUGGAAGCCAACAUCUGAAGUUGUGGAUACUUCAAAAAUGUUUGCUCAGCUUCAGAAAAUGUAUUCAUAAGUUUUAGAGUCAGGUUUACGAAAAAUCUCGUGGGUUACUUUAAAUAAAUAUUGUUUCCCAGUGGAUUAUAAUGGAGUUUUUAUUUAUGGACUUUGUGUAUGUAUGUUAGUGUGACACCAAAGUGAUUAGUAUUUUGAUCUGAUUGUGAAUCUCAUUGUAUGCUCUGAUUAAGUACAAAUUGUAUGCCCAAAUACAGCUUACAAACUCUGACACAAAAUUUAGCAAUAUUUAUUUCAUAUUAUUGAUUAAUUACUAGCAGUUUUAAAAAACUGUACUGUCAAUAAAAAUGUGGAAAAAUUGUAUCAUAAAACUGUUGCUCUUCUGUAUCAGGGGCAGAGAACCUCAUUUUUGUGCAAGUCAAUAAAAGUGUAAUUGUAAUUAAGCUUUCAAAGCUGCUCUCAGUAUUCACGUAGCUUGGUUGUGCUUACUGAAAGACAACAGCAAAUGUAUCUACUUACCAUAAACUCUCAGUCAGGUCAGUGUUUGCUGCUGUUAAUUUUUUUCCAGUAACCUGGAGAUGUCUGCUGUUGCGUGACGGAAGCCACAGACUGAAAUGCGAGCUGUUUUUAAUCUGCCAACUCGGACACUCGUGACGGUGGGCACUGUGCUGUUUCGCUGAGGGUUAGUUUGAGGUCACGUAACUUUACCUGUAAUUGUGUAAACUAAAAAUUAAUGGACCAAAAUAAAGUGAAACUUGACACACAA